GGCUGGGUCCGGUCAGUGGCCUUCUCGCCUGACGGCCGGCUGCUAGCGUCUGGCUCCGAUGAUGAAACUGUACGGCUCUGGGACCCGGCGACGGGCGCGCUACAGCAGACUCUCGAGGGCCACUCAGACUCGGUUCUAUCAGUGGCCUUCUCGCCUGACGGCCGGCUGCUAGCGUCUGGCUCCGAUGAUGAAACUGUACGGCUCUGGGACCCGGUGACGGGCGCGCUACAGCAGACGCUGAAUGUGAAGGGGCACGUCGACUAUCUUGAGUUUUCUCAGGAUGGCUCGCAUCUAAUCACUAACUUGGGGACCCUUGAUUUUCAGUUCGGCCGUCAAAAUCGUGUUUCUAACUCAACCCAUAGGAAUUGGGAGAUCUUCAUCGAGCAAAGACAGUGGAUAAAGCUAAAUGGCAAAAGUGUACUAUGGCUUCCUCCUGGUUAUCGUCCUAGUUGUUCUGCGAUUUAUGGCAGUUUACUUGCCCUAGGACAUGCAUCAGGGCGAAUCUCUUUCAUAGGAUUUCGUGUAUAG